AGAGGGGAAAUCGCUCCAGCCUGUAGCCAGACUUUGCCUCGCUUAUUCAGCGCUGAGUGCUGCACUGCGCCGUCUCCAGUUGUGGGAUGUUAGGAUUUGCGUUUGGCUGCACUUCUCCCCACUCUCGCGCUCACAUUAAGACUCUUUAGACAUCUUUAUGCUCGUUUUCCUGGAGGAGGAGUGAGAGAGGGAGAGACUAACCAGACCUAUUAGCCUGAAGCCUGAAACACACACACCAACUCUCUCUCUCUCUCUCUCUCUGACACACACACUUGUACACUCCUCCAGCUCUGCGCUGCACCAAGGUAACAGUGAGUGGAUUUAGCUGUAGCCAUCUGGUUGGAGCACAGAGAAAACCUCUCUGCUGUACACGGGGAGGAAGGCAAAGGACGAUGCAACACUGAAACACAGCCCGGCACAGAAAACCAGAGUGAAGAGAGAGCGACGCAGACACAGACACACACACACACACACACACACAGACACACACACACACACACAGACACACACACACACUGAGACAGGAUGGCCACCGCAGUGUUUCAGGUGUCUUCAUCUUGUGUUCCAGCGACAAACUACGAGCUGGCGCCGAGCAGUGACCUUCCUCUCAAACAUGUAGACACCAUGGGCUCUACAAAAUCAUCAAAGAGCAUGGAGUCACGGCGCAGACCAUCAAGGAGUGUGAGUCUGCUGCAGGCCCUGGAGGAGAACUACGAGCUGGACCUGAUCUACAUCACAGAGAGGAUCAUCUCCGUCUCCUUUCCCAGCAGUGUGGAGGAGCAGAGCUACGCUGCCAACCUGAGGGAGGUCGCCUCCAUGCUGCGCUCCAAACACGGCCACAACUACCUGCUCUUCAACCUCAGUGAGAAACGUAAUGACAUCAGCCAACUUAAUCCAAAGGUGUUGGACUUUGGCUGGCCUGACCACCACGCUCCAGCUCUGGACAAAAUCUGCAGCAUCUGCAAGGCCAUGGACACGUGGCUAAGUGCCGACAGCCACAAUGUGGUGGUAAUACACAACAAGGGCAACCGUGGCAGAACCGGCGUGGUGGUGGCAGCCUACAUGCAUUACAGCAACAUAUCUGCCAGUGCUGACCAGGCUCUGGACAGGUUUGCCAUGAAGCGCUUCUAUGAAGAUAAAGUGCUUCCUGUGGGCCAGCCGUCUCAGAAAAGGUAUGUGGAGUACUUCAGCGGUUUGCUCUCUGGACACAUCAAGAUCAACAACAAACCCCUGUUCCUCCAUCACGUCAUCAUGCACGGCAUACCCAACUUUGAGUCUAAGGGAGGUUGUCGUCCUUUUCUGAAAAUCUACCAAGCCAUGCAGCCCGUCUACACAUCUGGGAUCUAUAAUGUUCAAGGCGACAGCCAGACAAGCAUCUGUAUAACCAUUGAGCCUGGUCUUCUUUUGAAGGGGGACAUCCUGCUCAAGUGCUACCACAAACGUUACCGCAGCCCAUGCAGAGAUGUCAUAUUCAGGGUGCAGUUUCACACCUGUGCUGUUCAUGACCUGGGGAUCGUCUUUGGGAAAGAUGAGCUUGAUGAGACAUUCAAAGAUGACAGGUUUCCAGAAUAUGGAAAAGUUGAGUUUAUUUUCUCCUUUGGACCAGAGAAAAUACAUGGUCAAGGUAUGGAUCAGCUGGAGAACGGGCCGAGCGUCUCGGUUGACUACAAUACACAGGAUCCCCUGAUCCGCUGGGACUCAUACGAAAACUUCAAUCAGAACUGUGAAGAUGCCACAGAUGGUGAGAAUGAAGUCAUCCAUACCCAGGGGCCCUUGGACGGCAGCCUUUAUGCCAAAGUUCGCAAAAAGGAUUCUGUUGAAGGAACAGUCACAUCAAACGGCCUUCCGCCCACUGCUGUCGAACACGCUCUACCUGCAGUUGACCAUGCCUUGUCAGUGAGCAGCGACUCAGGAAACUCUACUGCCUCCAUCAAAACUGAUCGAACUGAUGAAGCGACAACAGCUCCUCAGGCGUCCACGGUGAGCCAAACGCACAUUCCUGUGGGGGAGGAGUUACCCUCAGUCCAUCACCACGCCUCACCUGCCCAACAACCCAUCAGUCCCCAAGAGAAAAAGGAGCUAGAGCAGCUGCUGAGUGGCUUGGAGGGGCCCAUGCACCGACAGGCCUACCUUUCCACCCCGAGGUCUGCUGUUGGAGGGAUGCUUCACCUUGUGCCUGCUCAGGUCCAUGUUAAUGGGCACAGUGCCAUUGACCGAGAAACUGACAUUUUAGAUGAUGAGCUUCCUACAAGUCAAGAGGGCAACAGUGUGGACAGUCUUGGGACAUUCUCCUCCACAGAUGGUCGUGCUACACCGGCUGAUCUUUACUACCAGUCUGAGUCACACAUCAAUGGCCAAGACCAUGUGCCAUAUCUGGAGCGCAGUGUCCCAGAAAAGCCACUGGAAACCAUCCAGCCACACGUUGGCAUAUCUGACAAACCUGUCACUUUGAUCCAAAGUGAUUUAAUCCCAUCCUCGUGUAAUUACAUGGCAACCCAGAAUGGCAGUCUUGAUCGCUCUCAGUCAUUUGGUGCAGAGCCAAAAUCUAUGCCACCAGCCCCCACCCGCACCACUAGUAGCAGAGAUGCUGUCCAGCGUGGUCUCAAUGUCUGGCAGCGAUUCGGUGUACCUGAGGAGCCGGUAACUGAAGGCCUUACAUUCAGUCCACCACCUUCUGUAGCAGUGUUUCCCAGUCAUCACAGCCUGCCACAGUUCCCUCAUCGCCACAGUGCCUCCCAGCAAGAGAUUGAGCAAUCUAUUGAAACCCUUAAUCUCCUCAUGUUGGACCUGGAACCAGGCCGUUCGGUUGUGACAAAAUCCCAAAGUGCUCCAUUGCAGGACAACAGUGUUGUGGUGACCACCCAGCCAUCCUUCUCCCAGAGCCAAACCAGACCGUCCUACCAGGCUGAUGCCGCCAUUCAUACCCACUUAUCUGGACCAGUAUCAAACCUGGCCAGUCACUUGACACCAUCCCAGAUGUCACUGGGGAAGCCUAGUACACCAGAGCCUGUACCUGUCCAUGGAUCUCUGAAUUACAGUUCUGAAACAGCUGGAACCAGCACUCCCUUACAAGCCUCCCCUGCUGUAAGUGGCCAUCUUCAGCUCAAGUCCAUUAACAACUACCCACCUGCCACACAGCCGGCAGAGGCCUCUGAGUCACAGAGAAGCCCUGCUGCAGCCUCAGCAUCACAGCAGCCAAGAGACAGUGAGCCAGAUGAAGUGUUCAACGUUGAAGGUCUGGUGGCCCAAAGAGUUGCUGAGUACUCGGCUCGUGUCCAAAGUGUCAUCCCCAGCAUGACCUCUUCUCAGUCUGAGCACCGCCGUUCUCACUCCCUCUCGGGUGUCCAAGCCCGUGCAAUAUCUUUGGAUGAGCCUGCAACUCUUCCCCGCCGUCGCAUCACCAGUGAGGGCCAGCAACAGAACGGUCCGGAGGACAAUCUGUCUUCCGAAGUCCCAGUUCGCUCCCCUAUUCGCUGUGUUUCUCCAGAGUUUGUCAACGCCAUAGCGCUGAACCCUGGAGGACGACCCAAGGAGAGGAAUAUGCACAGCUACCGAGAGGCCUUUGAGGAAAUGGAAGGAGGUCCUAUAGGUCCCACACCAACAUUUGGUGGUGAGGCGUUUCCCCAAACCCCUGCCUUCCCCAUCUCGCCGCAAACCCCUUACUUCAACCUGUGUCGGUCCCCUCCUGGUCUCGCCAAGACUCCACUGUCAGCUCUGGGUUUGAAGCCCCACAACCCAGCAGAAAUUCUACUCAAUCAAACAGGCUCAGAUGAUGAGAGCAGUGAGGGUGAGGAAGCACCUAGAAGCUAUGUAGAGUCUGUGGCGAGGUCAGCACAGGCAGGGGGAGAGCUGCCUGCAUCACCUCGGAGCCUUAGCCCACCAGGAGAGACCACAAGCCAGCAGGGAAGUACAAGUCCUGCCACCCACACACUGAACACACCUUUGUCCAGCAGCAGUCCCAUCCAGAGCUCACAGGGUGAUCACCCCUUACCAGAGAGCAGUGUUAGCACUCCGUCCCAACCCACUACUGAUUCUGGAUUCCGCUCCCAGGCUACAGAGAGUGCCUACCCGACUCCCACCCCAUCAUAUCAAGGCCUGAACACCCCCACUCCUUCCUACCUGGAUUCUAGCUCUCCAGCCUCUUCCUACCUUGGUGCUCCUACCCCCACACUGUCCUACCUUGGUCCUAACACCGUCUUGGGGAGCUAUGUAACCUCAGAUCCUAGCCCACCAAACUCAGAACCCCCUCAGACCACACUCAGCCAUGGAAGUCCUCAUGCACAACGCCAGACCAACAUCCUUGGCUCCACACAGAGUCCCGUCCUCCAGCUGCACAGUGCAAAUCAAGAUCGUCCCUUCAUGGGCCAGCAAACAUCACCAGCUAAUGGUUUUGAAGUGGGCAUGCCAGGUCUCGGCGGGAGUCCCAUCCUUGGUCGUCGUCUGUCUCAGGGAGGUCAGAGCAGUCCAGUCCUCAGCAGACAGGCCUUUUUGGGACAGGGGUCUCAGCAAAGCCCAGUUCUUAGCAGACAGCCGUCCCUGGGUCAGCCUAUUCAGAGCAGCCCAGUGCUCAGUCGACAGCCAUCCCUCACGCACCCUCAAGGCAGUCCAGUGUUGGGCCGUCACCCAUCUGUUUCUCAGAUGUCACAGAGAAGCCCCAGUUUAGACCGUCACCCCAUGCACAGUGGUUACACCACGCCAGAUGAAAGACAUGGAAACCUGUCACGACAGAGCAGCUCUUCCGGCUACCAGGGACCUCCCACUCCCUCCUUCCCCAUCUCACCGGCAGGCUACCAGGAUGGGGGUAUGAUGGGAACAGGUGUGGGGUUCAGGCAGGGGAGCCCAGCCCCUGGUUUCCAACCCCAGCUUCCAGAGAAGAGGCGCAUGUCAAGCGGCGAUAGACCAAAUGGAGCGCUGUCCUAUGGCACACUGAACGGAAAGAUAAUGUCCCCAGUGAGUGGAGGAAGCACUCCCAGCUACUUCCACACUCUCUCUGACUUCUCACGGUUCAACAUGCCUGAUGGAAGCCCUGAGAGCAGACUGAAUGUCAAGUUUGUUCAAGACACGUCCAAGUUCUGGUACAAGCCAGACAUUUCCAGGGAACAAGCUAUCAACCUGCUGAGAGAGAGGGAGCCUGGCGCCUUUGUUAUCCGGGACAGUCACUCGUUCAGAGGGGCGUAUGGUUUGGCUAUGAAGGUGGCCUCUCCUCCACCCUCCGUACAUCAGAGCAAGAAAGGUGACAUCACCAAUGAACUGGUGAGGCACUUCCUGAUUGAGAGCAGCCCUAAAGGAGUGAAGCUGAAAGGUUGCCCCAACGAGCCGUACUUCGGUUGUCUCUCUGCGUUGGUCUACCAACAUGCUAUUACACCACUGGCCCUGCCCUGCAAACUACUCAUCCCCACCACAGAUCUCAUUGAGGAAGCACCGGAGGUCGUACCAACAAACCCAUUGGCUGAAAGGCUGAAACAAGGAGCAGUGCAGAGGGCCACAGCUGAUUCCCAUGCAUGCAAUGUUCUCUACAUCAACUCAGUGGAGAUGGAAUCCCUGACGGGCCCUCAGGCUGUUGCCAAGGCCAUAUCUGAGACACUGGCUGCUGCUUCUCCACCUACUGCCACCGUUGUGCACUUCAAGGUGUCUUCACAAGGCAUCACGCUCACUGACAACCAGAGGAAGCUUUUCUUCCGACGCCACUACCCUACCAACACUGUCACGUUCUGCGAUAUCGACCCUCAGGACAGAAAAUGGAGCAAGCCUGAGGGAGGUUCAGUCAAGCUGUUUGGGUUUGUGGCGCGUAAGCAGGGAAGCACAACAGACAACGUCAGCCACCUCUUCGCUGAGCUGGACCCAGACCAGCCUGCCAGCGCCAUCGUCAACUUCGUCUCGAAGAUGAUCGCCGCGCAGAAACGAUGAGAGCUGUCAUCAAAAAACAAACCCUGGCGCUUUUUUUAAAAAAUGACUUUGGUUAUUUUCUUUCCUUUUAACCACAGACACUUUCUGUUUUGGACGAUUUAGCAUUUGGUUUUACACGUCACCUUAUUUUUCCUGCCCUUUUACAUUUAAGCAGACGCGUGUGUCUGUGUGUGCGGUUGUGGAUGUAAGAAAAUGAAAGAGAAUGCGACAUAGAGUGUACAGUGUGUUUGUGUGGCUUGCAUGCAUGUGCUUUUAUUCUUGGACGGACUCCAGAACGGACCAGAGGAAGUGCAGGAUGGGGUGUGGCUGUGUGUGACAAUGGGACGGGAGGUGAUUGGAUCUCCCUGGCAGGGUAACUCAUGAACAGGAAGGGGGAAUGACAUUGUGCGUGCAAAUGUUAUUUUUUAGUGAUUGUUUCAUUUUUGUUUUUUUAAAAAAAGAAAAAGUCAAGUAGUGUGACGAAAAGGUGGAUUGUAAAUCUAUCAGGCUUUGACUGGUCAACCAAAGAUUUUAAAAAAGUAGUCAGGGCGUGUAUAGUGUGCCACUGUCGGAGGGUCGGAAGUAUUCUUUUGUAAAACAAAUAUGGCUGCUUAAUCAAAAAUACUGUUAGAAACUAUUUCACUCUGUAUGUACUGAUACAGUAGGUCAAUUCUGCACCUACGCCACCUUGCAAAAAGUCUUGGAUGUUUUUGCAGCUGGUGAGGUCUGUGUAAAUAUUCUAGAUUGCUUUUUGUGUAGGACUGUUAUAGAUGACAUUUGGUGCCUGACUUUGUUUCCUAAAUGCAGAGCUUUUUAAGAAAAAGAACAUCAAACUCAUCCACGCUGUCUUAAAUAUGCAACCAGCCAAACUUGUUAAUUAGUUUAUUCUCCAGAAUUCUCCAGGUCCUUCCCUGCUCGAUGUAGUAGCGUAGCUAAAGAUGCAACUGAUGUUGUUCCUCUGAAGUACAGCUAGAAUCUGAAGAAAUCAGCUAAACCUCAACAGUGAGGAGGCCCUUGAAACAUCGCAUCCACACCGUCUCUGGAUUGUUUCUGUCAGACAAGCAAAGAAGAGUUCCUGUUUGCCACCAUCCUCUGCUCAGUCUCAUAGCCACAGUAUGCUACUCAUGACUGAAGGGCCGAGAGAACAUUUGUGGAGACAAUCUUUAUAGACAGGUCUUGUCCUACUAUGCUGCUCUUCAGUUUUCUCUGUUGAAAGUUUCCGUCAGUAGAAAGAAGCUCUUUGCGUCAGCCAGCCAAAACUGUUAACACUCAACCUACCCAAAAGUAAGCUAUACAUAUAAAUAUACAUAUAUAGAAAUAUAUAUAUAUAUAUAAAAACCUCCAAACAGUGACUUAAGAUAUUUAUUUUUUUGCUUUGUUGCUCUAUGUUAUCUUGUAUACAUGUAUUAUAAAGUAUACAUCAAGAUUACUGAAAGCGAGAAGAGAAGAUUGCUUUUAUUUUCUGCUAAAGUCAAGUGCGUUGACAUAUAUAAGGUGUAAAGUGUGUGCAUUUAAAAGUGUAUCACUGUUUUUGAAUGUUUUUUUCACAGCAUUAUUUUCUUUUGUUAACAUUCUUGUUUUCUUGGGGAGCCUUUUUGAUUUUUUUUUUAGAGAGAGGAAAUAUUUUGUAUGAAAGAUUGUUGUUACUUAAGUCCAAAUUGGAGUUAUCCUAAAGUUAUGCCAACACAAUUGUUCUAUUAACUUAAACCUGCCUAGAAAAUACAUUGUCCAAGUUUAGCACUUAAAUGUUGAAGUAUUAUCAGUGUGUUUCUACUUGUCAGAAGAGAAGAUAUGGAUGUUGACGGACCCAUUUCAUGUCAUUGCAUGUGUAGCUGCAGACUUACUAGUUCCUAAAGUGAAAUCUCACAUGGCCUCAGAAUAGGUCUGGAGUUUAUGGUGGGAAAACCAAGUUAGUUCAGUAAGUAGCUGCUGCCCUCAUGUGGUGUAGAAAAAUCACUACAAAGAAGCCACUUCUAUUCUAAUACAGUGUUUUAGCUGUGUUUAUGCCACGUCGGAUGUUUGAGUUCAAAUAAAUUCCUCAUUGAGGCAACAAACUUUAAAAGAAUUGUAAUGUUAAUAGCAAUAUCAUUGUCUUGACAAAUGAGUUUUGCGUUUGCAUUUUAAAUCCUAGUCGAGGGAUGAGCAGUUUAAAUGACACAUCCCUCAUUUAACCCUGAUGCAGAAAAACUGGCUGCCAGCAUGAUGUAAAAUAAACAAGGGUUAGUUCGGGCUCGUACAUUAACUCAAAUGUAUCUCUUUAAAAAAAAAAAAACAGCACUUACAGGGCUUUUAUAUUUGACUAGAAUGUUCCAUUAUUUAUUAGCAGGAGCUUGCAUGCUCAAGUUAAAUGGUAACCUUAAUGCUGCUGCCUAAUCUGUACGCAAGUCUUAUUCAAAGCAGCCUUUUCUUGAAAGAUGCCCAUAGGUAGUUAUUGGGAAUGUGUCUACACAGCUUGUAAGAAGAAAAAAAAACUAUAUUUUUGCCUACAAAAUGCUUGUUGGGCUAAAAGGACUUCCUAAACUUCAAACUGAAUGUUAGCCAUUUGUUUGCCAAGAUGGAAACUCCAGUGGCAUCUGCCCACUUUGACAGAUCUGUCUGGACUGUAGAAUGUGUGUGAAUGAGCUACUAUGCCUGUAUAGAGCUUUGUCAUUUUUGGUUUGCUACAUUGUAUGGCUUUUAUUAUUUCUGAUGGAAAAAAAAACACAUUAAAAAGCAGUACAAAUCAAA